AUGGUGGCAACAAUGUGGACAAUCUGGUCCCGUAGAAAUCAGAUUAGAGUGCAGCAACAUGACUACCCCAUAUCCCAGGUCGUUCCAAAUGCUCGGCAAGCCCUCUUUGUUUCCCACCGUGCAAACAGAGCCCAACAAUCUCCAGCUACGGUAUCAAGUACAAACCGGGUUACUUGGAUCCCACCACCAACAAACUCUCUCAAGAUCAACUUCGAUGGAGCACUUUUCAAAGAUAUUAAUAAAGCUGGUUUGGGUGUUGUUAUCCGAAAUGAAAAUGGGCAGGUACUUACUUCCCUAUCGGAACAGAUCCAAUUGCCUUUCUCCUCCAACCUGGUUGAAGCAAUAGCAGUGGCACGGGCCAUCACUUUUGCUCAUGGACUCAGCCUCUCCAACUACAUUUUGGAAGGUGACUCCGACGUGGUGAUCAACGCUCUCAAAAGGAAUGAUGAAUCCUUAUCUUCAUUUGACCACAUUCUCGCUUCGGCCAAAUCCUUAACAGAUGUCAAUUGUAUUACUUUUUCCCAUACUCAUAGAAUUGGCAAUACUGUUGCUCAUAACCAAGCAAAACAUGCAAGGCAUGUUAUAGGUUUUAAGGUGUGGAUGGAGGAUGUUCCUCCACAUCUCCAUUCUGUACUGUUCAUCGAUUAUGGCUGA